AAGUUCGAAACUGUACCUAUUUAAAAGAACUGGUAUGUAUGUCAAGUUAACGAUUAACAACAACUUGGCUCAAUACGGAGGGGGGAUCUUUGUGGCAGAUGACACACAGAGGAGUGCGUGUGGAGGAGUGGUCACAGAAGAUGAUGAUACUCGCACCAUUUUUGCUGACUGCUUCAUUCAAACAAUUAAACUGUAUGAGGAGGACAACAAUAAUCCGAACUAUAUCAACACAUUCAUGACUAACAACACGGCUAUCCAAUCAGGAGCAGACAUCUACGGAGGUCUGUUGGAUAGGUGUAAAAUAAGUCAAAAUGCUGAAUAUGAAAUUUCUUCAAAUGGAUCUGGAUUGGACUACAUAAAUAACACCAUGAAAUCCUCCACCGAAUUAUCAAUUUCCUCUAGGCCCCUGCAGGUGAUGUUUUGUAACUAUUCACAAAGUGACUAUGUUUCUCCAAAAAAGGGACACACAUUUAAAAUCAGUGUUAUGGCUGUUGACCAAGUUGGAAAUCCAAUGAAUGCAACAAUUCGCAGUUCUGUUGUCAGUGAGAGUGGAUUUGAUCGUCUUAAAGAAGGACAGACAAAACAAGAAGUUGUCAAUCAGUGCACAGAAUUAGAGUACAAUGUAUUCUCACAAGACAGCUCUGCUCAAGUGGAACUCUAUGCUGAGGGUCCAUGCAUUAAUUUGGGAAUUUCAAGACAACUUAUCAAUAUUUCUUUUCAACCCUGCACAUGCCCUAUUGGACUGAAACCUAUUCAGUCCGAUACUGAGUGCAAGUGUGACUGUGAUCCAGACUUGCAACAAUAUCAGAUAACAAACUGUUCUGAGAAAUACGGAACCUUAAAGCUGGAAAGUAAUAACAACAUAUGGAUAGAAUUCAUAAAUACCACAACAGGAACAGUAGGGUAUGUUGUUAGUAACUGCACAUUUGACUAUUGUGUAGAAAAACCAGUCAACAUCAGUCUAAGUAGCCCUGACAAACAGUGUGCCUAUAAUCGAAGUGGUGUCUUGUGUGGAGAAUGUGAAUCAGGACUCAGUGUUAUGUUGGCUACAUCAAACUGUAAAGAAUGCUCUAAUCUUUUCCUUCUUCUACUAGUACCAUUUGCGCUUGCUGGGAUAUUGCUAGUUGCUUUAAUUCUCGUGCUCAACAUCACUAUAGCAACUGGAAGUAUUCAUGGCCUCAUAUUUUACGCCAACAUAGUAGCUGCUAAUAGAGCAAUUUUCUUUCCUAAACUAAACAACUUUGUAACAGUUUUCAUAUCAUGGGUGAAUCUUGACCUGGGAAUCGAGACAUGCUUUUACGAUGGAAUGAACUCUCAAUCAAAAGUGCUUCUUCAACUUGUCUUUCCUGCUUACUUGUUUCUUCUAGUAUUCUUAAUAAUCAUUUUGAGCAUGUACUCUGACUCAUUUUCAAAGCUCCUCUCCAACAGGAACCCAGUUGCUGCCCUAGGCAAACUCGUUUUACUCUCUUAUUCAAAAUUGUUACGGUUUAUCGUUGCUGCACUACAAAACAGGGUCUUGGAAUAUUCCGAUGGUUCAACCAAGACUGUUUGGUUGUUUGACAGCAAUGUACCAUACUUUACUCCCAAUCACAUUCCACACUUUGUUGCUGCAGCCAUAAUCCUCAUUGCCGGUGGAUUGUUCACUGUAUUGCUCUUUUUUGGACAAUGGUUUCCACGCUGUUCCAAGAUUAUGAUAUGGACCAAGAACACAAAGUACAUUGGCUUCAUGGACGCAUACCAUGCUCCAUUCACUCCUAAGCAUCGCUAUUGGGUGGGACUGCUCCUCUUUGCUCUGAUUGCUCAUAAUCUAGUAGUUGCCAUGGCUCCAAACACUUUUCUACCAGUUCUAUCAUCAGGGUGUAUUGCAUUCGGACUGAUAACAUUGACCAACGGAGUGCACAAAAGCCAAUUUAACAAAUAUCUAGAAAUAAUAUUUCUGCUUAAUCUCGGCAUUCUAUCUAUUGGCACUUCAUACAUUGUUGAAACACACCAACAGCAAGAAACACUGACCAUUGUUUCAAUGUCCAUAGCUUUCAUUCUCUUUGUGACAAUAAUCAGCUACCAUUUCCACCACUUCAUACUAAAGAAGACUAAAACAUGGCUCAAGAUAAAGCAAGUUGCAAAAAACUUGACAACUGGUGAAGUUGCAUACAAAAAGAACCGAGAACCUAACAAUACCAUGGCAAUGCAUCAGUUUGAAAUUGAUAACGAUGACAAUGAACGAUUUAUAGCUGAGCAAAUAGACAUUGUGGGCACACCACUUUACACUGAUGAAGCAGUAAAAGCAGCUGACCCUGAUCGUUACAUCACUCCUCCCAUUAUCAGACCAGCCACAAGGCCGGACCAGCUGAGAGAGCCUGCCCUGGACGUACUAGCCCCCCUCACCGUAGAGGACUACAGAAGACCAGCCCCUCCCCCUCAAAGAGCCAACUGUUAUCCUGUUGUUACACACACAGAAAUCGGCCCCAUACGCAAUGAAGUGUGA